AGUUGCCGUGUGUUGAUAACCAUGAGCUCUCAACCGUUAUUCUUCGAUAAGUACACCCCACUCUUUCAGCCACACGCCAACGGCAAGGAGCCCGAAUACGAGCUCCUCUUCAAGGAAGGUGUAUCCGUGGUCAAGGGGCCCGAUGAACUUGACUUCCUGAAGGUUGAACCCGAAGCUAUUGCCAAGCUCACACAGACCUGUAUCAGAGACAUCGAGCAUUACUUCCGGAGUGCUCAUCUCGCGCAGAUCCAGAAAAUUCUCAAGGACCCUGAAGCUUCUGCCAAUGAUCGCUUCGUUGCCCUCGAGCUUUUGAAGAAUGCAUGCGUCUCUGCUGGUCUUGUUCUCCCUUCCUGCCAGGACACCGGUACCGCAUGUGUCUACGGCUAUAGAGGCGAACGUGUUCUCACUGGUGGUCUUGACGGGCAGGCUAUCACCAAGGGCAUUUAUAACGCUUAUAAUCAAGACAACCUCCGUUACUCCCAGGUCGCCCCCUUGAGCAUGUUCGAGGAGAAAAACACUGGCAAUAACCUGCCAGGUCAGAUCGAACUUUACGCCGGUCACCCUGGCGAUGAGCUCGCUUAUAAAUUCCAUGUUAUUGCCAAGGGUGGUGGAUCCGCCAACAAGUUCGAGCUCUUCCAGAAGACCAAGGCCUUCCUCAAAGAGAAGGAGUUUGAGAGUUUCCUCAUGAAGGAGAUCGCUCACUUCGGCACCUCUGCUUGCCCUCCUUAUCAUAUUGCUAUUGUCAUUGGCGGUCAGUCUGCUGACCAAACUCUGAAGGUUGCUAAGUUGGUAUCCACUAAGUACUACGAUGGUCUUCCUACCAGCGGUGAUUCCACCGGUCGUGCCUUUCGUGAUCUCUACUGGGAGGAGAGGCUCCUCAAAAACUGUCAGAAGCUUGGUAUCGGUGCUCAGUUCGGCGGUAAGUACUUCGCACACGACGUUCGUGUCGUCCGUCUCCCUCGUCACGGUGCUUCCUGCCCAGUCGGCAUGGGCGUCAGCUGCUCGGCUGAUCGUCAGUGCCUCGCUAAGAUCACCCCUGAAGGUGUCUUCAUUGAGAAACUCGAGAAGAAUCCCGCCAAGUACAUGCCUGAUUUCGUUGGUGAUGAAGGUGAGGCCUACCCUGUCAAGACUCGGCUGGCCCUCACUGGUACCAUCAUCGUUGCUCGUGAUAUCGCUCAUGCCAAAAUGAUGGAGAUGCUCGAGAGCGGUAAAGGUCUCCCCGACUACAUCAAGAAGUAUCCCGUGUACUACGCGGGCCCCGCCAAGAAGCCCGAUGGAAAGCCUUCCGGUUCCUUCGGACCCACUACUUCCAACCGUAUGGACCCCUAUGUUGAGCCUUUCCAAUCCAACGGUGGUUCCAUGAUCAUGAUCGGUAAGGGUAACCGUAGCGAUAUGGUGACUGAUGCUUGCAAGAAGAACGGUGGUUUCUAUCUCGGCUCCAUCGGUGGUGUCGCUGCCAUCCUCGCCGAUAAGAGCAUCAAGAAGGUCGAGUGCCUCGAUAUGGAGGAGCUCGGUAUGGAAGCCGUGUGGAAAAUCGAUGUCGUGGACUUCCCUGCCUUCACCAUUGUCGACGAUAAGGGUAACGACUUCUUCAAGAUGGGAAACGCAAGCGAGCAGAAGAUGAAUUUCUCGCACUAA